GCUUGAUCACAGCAGCAGUCGCUUCGAUGAAGUUUGAUGGGACUGGCCGGACUGGGGCAUGCUCUUUGUGUGGCCAUGGCUAAUCCUUCCAGGACUGUGCGAAGCGCAAUUCUCGGAGUUUUCCAUCAAACCCUGCGAAGCAGGGGAGGCUGAGGCGGGCGUGCAGGUCUUAUGGCCGAGGAGAGGGCAGCGCUUAGCGCCCACGCUGACGCCCACCAAGAUCCGCACGCGGAUUUGGGGCGACUUCUCCUUGCGGAAGGAUGGCUACAUCUUGGCGGUGGUGGCCGGGGUGGAUCAAAGCCACGUGUCGGAGGUCAACGAAGUGAUUGAUACGCUGGUGUCGGCGUACAUGAAUAUCGAAGUCUUUGGACUGCAGCCUGGGCAGUACUUUGCCCAGGUGGUGCUGGUGGACAACACCGGCAAAAGCAGGACCUGCUGGCGCACCCACGAGGUGUCCUUCAGCAUUGCGCGGCGCCAGGACGAGCAGAACCGGAGCGCGGCCCUGCACAGGAAUCUGAUACUCUACGAGCAGGGCUACAAAUACAAUGCAGCCAUUCAGGACUCGGAGCAGUUCCUGGUGCAGCCGAAGGAUCCCUCGCGCGACUUCGCCUACGUGACGAUCCUCUGGAGCGACGACUUCGUGGACAACGCCAUCGUCUGGGCCACGGGGCUGCGAGCGGUGGGCUCGACCUUCCGGCGGAUCUGCAUGAUCGGGCGGAACCGCAUCGCGAGGAGCCGGAUACAGAUCUUGGCCAGGUGUUGCUGCGAGAUCGCCAUCACCGAUCCCAUCCAAGCGCCCGCCUUGUCGCGAAGUUCCUGGAGUCAAUAUGCGCUGGUCCUGACCAAGUUGAGGAUCUUCCAAUUGGAUCGGAAGGGGCUCAAGAAGAUUGUCAUGAUGGAUGCAGACACCUUAGUUCUGCAGAACAUCGACGAACUCUUCUGGCUUCCUUCGCCCUCGGUGACCGUGGAUAAGGACACCUUGAUGGGCGAAACGAAGAAGCCGAAGCUCAGUGCGGGGAUUAUGGUCCUGGAACCGGAUAGUGCGAAGUUCGACCGGUUGAUGGAGGACAGCAACCUGGUUCUGGAUGAGAAGAAGAACAAGAAGUUGCAUUUCAUUGAGCAGGACCUCUUGAAUGCAUUCUUCAAUCACAACUACAACAUUCUGCCCAUGACCUACAACCUCUAUCCCGAACUACUGGACUUGCUUCCGUUCCUCCACGUGAGCCAAGACUCUGGAGUGAACAGUAGCAUGUGGCCUUCUAUGGAGCUGCCCUUGGACAACAGCAUCAAGGUGGUGCACUUCUGGCAUUUGUUCAACCCCUUCCAGAUUACCAAGUACAAGGGGGCGCAUAACCUGCAAGUGAAUGCCAAACGGAUCCACAAGCAGAUGUGGAGAUGGUAUACCAUCUUCUGGAAGCUGCACCAGGAAGGCCUGAAACGUGGAGCACCUGAAGAUUAUCCCAAAUGGGUUCAGAAGUGCUACCACUCCUCCAGAGCCUUUGGGACGGAGCAGCAAAAGUUCGUCCCCGUCGCUUGGGGUGCUCACUGCCGCCACAUCGACGGGGUGGCCUGGUAGCGGACAAAGGGACUGCAGCUGUGCCGGUUGUGAGCUUCGUCCAACCGGGUCCGCCGGAAGAACGUUCCAC